AUGGCCGCCUCCGCUCUCUUGAAGAGCCGUAUCCGCCGGCCGUCCUACCUGAACAAGCUGGCCAAGGCCGAAGACCUCAUUGACCUGUUCCCCCAUGGAUCGUACAUCGGCUGGUCCGGAUUCACGGGUGUUGGCUAUCCCAAGAAAGUCCCAACGGCGCUGGCCGACCACGUUGAGAAAAACAAGCUUGAGGGAAAGCUAAAAUAUAGCCUCUUCGUGGGUGCCUCCUCCGGGGCGGAAACAGAGAACCGCUGGGCUCGGUUGAACAUGAUCGAGCGCCGGAGUCCUCAUCAGGUGGGCAAGGAAAUCGCCAAGGGAAUCAACAAUGGGCAGAUCAACUUUUUCGACAAGCAUCUGAGCAUGUUCCCGUCGGAUCUCGUCUAUGGAUGGUACACCAUGAACAAGCCCAACAAGCGCUUGGAUGUCGCGGUCAUCGAGGCUUCCGCCAUCACCGAGGAUGGUGGCAUCAUCCCCGGUGCCUCCGUCGGUGCUUCUCCCGAGUUUGUCCAGAUGGCCGAUAAGAUUAUCAUUGAAGUCAACACCGCCAGCCCGUCGUUCGAGGGACUGCACGAUAUCGUCAUGUCGGAUGUUCCGCCGCUGCGGAAGCCGUACCUGAUCAUGCAACCGGAGGACCGCAUCGGUACUCCUCACAUCCCGGUCGACCCCGAGAAGGUCGUGGCCAUCGUCGAGUCGGACUACCCGGAUCAGACUCAGCCGAAUGCCCCGGAGGAUGAGGGUUCUCAGGCCAUUGCCACUAACCUGAUUGAGUUCUUGAAGCACGAGGUCAACCACGGGCGUCUGCCCAAGAACCUGUUGCCGAUCCAGUCCGGUAUUGGCAACAUUGCCAACGCGGUUGUUGGCGGUCUGAGCAAGGGCGGUGCCGACUUUACCAACCUGAAGGUGUGGACGGAGGUGCUGCAGGACUCCUUCUUGGAUUUGUUCGACAGUGGCAACCUUGACUUUGCCACUGCGACGUCCAUCCGCUUCUCUCCCGACGGCUUCAAGCGCUUCUACGAUAACUGGGAGCGCUAUGCCGGUAAGCUGCUCCUGCGCCCGCAGCAGGUGUCCAACUCGCCCGAGAUCAUCCGUCGCUUGGGCUGCAUCGGUAUGAACACCCCUGUUGAGGUGGACAUUUACGCCCACGCCAACAGCACCUGUGUCAUGGGCUCGCGCAUGCUCAACGGCCUGGGUGGCUCGGCGGACUUCCUGCGCAGCUCCAAGUACAGUAUCAUGCACACCCCUAGUACCCGGCCCAGCAAGACGGACCCGACCGGUGUCAGUUGCAUUGUUCCUUUCUGUACCCACAUUGACCAGACUGAGCACGAUCUCGACGUGGUUGUGACCGAACAGGGUCUGGCCGACGUUCGUGGUCUCGCUCCCCGCGAGCGUGCUCGCGUGAUCAUCGACAAGUGCUCUCACCCCGACUACAAGCCCAUCCUGACGGACUACUUGGACCGGGCUGAGUAUGAGUGCAUGAAGAAGGGUAUGGGCCACGAGCCCCACCUGCUCUUCCAGGCGUUCAAGAUGCACCAGAACCUGCAGGAGAACGGCACGAUGAAGAUUAGCGGCUGGGAUUAG